AUGAAGGCCGCGUAUGUGCAUGACGCAGACGCGAAGCGGCUGAUCGAGUUCCUCUCAGCUCCUUCCGACAAAGCACGUCGGAAGUUGGCCCCUCGUCUACGAGCGAGUGCACACCGGUAUCGUGUGCACGACGGUCUACUACUUUACAACGACAAUGCGGAACGCAUUGUCGUGCCGAAUGAUCCUGACCUGCGCGGCAGGAUCAUGUACGAGUAUCACGAUGUCCUCACAGAAGGACAUCCGGGGCAUGAGAAGACGUAUUCUCUUCUCACGAGAGACUUCUACUGGAACCACCAGUACAAGAGAGUGCGCAGGUACGUACGUACUUGCGAUGUUUGCCAGCGAGUGAAGCCUGCGCCUCACUCGCAGGCUCCUCUGCAACCACUGCCGACUCCGUCGGAGUGUUGGGAGUCCGUUUCGAUGGACUUCGUGUUUGGUCUUCCGCGCGAUUCCAGGCGGAAGACUGCGGAGGUGACCUCCGUACAGACGGCACGUCUGUUCGUCGACAUGGUGUUCAAGCACCAUGGAAUGCCCAACGACUUUGUGUCGGACCGCGAUCCGCGCUUCACGGCACGUUUCUGGCAAGAAGUGUUCACACUUCUUGGAACGCAGUUCUUAAUGUCGACUGCGGAUCAUCCGCAGACGGACGGGCAAACCGAGCACGUGAAGCGCGUGCUCGUGGACUUGCUGAAAAGCUACGCCCAGUCGUUCCACAACUGGAGCGACUACUUGCCGAUGGCCGAGUUCGCCAUCAACAACGCGGUGCAUGCCUCGACUGGGCAUACACCGUUCUUCGUGAACGCCAUGCGGCAUCCACGCCUUCCGAGCACGCUGGGGGCAGUGGCUUCCUCCUUAAGUGGAGGGGAUCUACGGUUGCACGCAAACAACCGCAGAGUACAGCUGAUACGGAUCUAUCCGCUGCGACGACACGUGCGAGUGCGAGAGCCCGCACACGACAAGGCGACGUGUCAGUGCCGGGCACUGACACUGCCGGUUGCACGCGCAAGUGAUGUAUCGAUGCCGGGCAUCGAUACUGAGAAGCUUCACGCACAGGAUGGGCUUGUUGCGAUCACACACGAAGUGUCAGUGUCGGACACUGACACCACAAAGAGCCACGCACAGUCUGGAACUGAUGCGAACACACGUGGCGAGUCUGUGCAGGGCGCAGACGCGGACAAGACCAAUGAGCUGGACCCGGGGUUCAGCUCUCAAGCAAUCGACAUUGUCAAAGAACAACAAGCAGUCGUUCGUUUUGUACAAGAUGCAAUUGCAGCUUCUGCGGAUAGGCAGAAGCUGAACGCAGACAAUUUUUGUUAUCUACGCAAAACUUGCCUACUCAUUGGGCUGUUCACGGUGACAGAACGUCACGGCAGCGCGUACACGUUGGAACUUCCUUCCGACAUGAGACUCCACCCAACGUUCUACGUUGGGCGCUUGAAGCCAUACGUGCAGCCCGAGUCAUCUAGUCGUGAUGACUCACUGACGACGACGAGCGGCGCGUCCUCAGCUUCUCCUCAAGCCUCUUCACCUUCUCCUGAAGAAGGCGAACUUGUUCCGACACCUCAACACAGAUGCUUGUGGUGGUCUGAGCGGCUUCGACCACGUAGGCCUUCUGCACGUUCAGCUGCUACCUCAGCUCAGCGAUCGGAGAAGCCUGAACGCACUCAAGAGCCUCCACGCGAGCGUGGAGCGCCUGUAAACCGUGGUCAACCUGGGGUUGACCAUAUGAUGAGCGUCCAGCACCGCCGACAGAAGCAUAACUCUGUCCGCGGUACGAUCCACCUCGCGGUGGAUCGGAUUGUUGACCAUACCAGUCCGAAGACGAACCGAGGUCCGGUUCGUUUUCGUAUUCGUUGGAGACAAUCGGGUUUCCUUCGAGAUACGUGGUUUCACCGAAACGUCCUGAUGACGGACGUUCCGGAAAUGGUGAAGGCGUACGAAGCCCACCACGGACUGGAGGCGUAA